AUGUUGAAAUUGAAUCCUCAGAGAAACCUAUUAUCUCUAUUCAUUAUAGUUCUCAUACUUCUUGUAACGUCCUCUAGUAAACCCACAGAGCACAUUAAAUCUUGUUUAAUUGAAAACCAUGUUAUGAACUUUACUGUUUUUCAAUACUCAGAUGACCAGCCAUCACAGUAUUACAAUCUCCUCAAUUUCUCCAUCCAGAACCUCCGAUUUACAAAACCAAAAUAUCCAAAGCCUUUAGCCAUUGUACUACCAGAAACCAAGGAGCAAUUGGCAAGCACCAUAUUGUGUUGCAGACAAGGGCCAUGGACAAUUAGAAUAAGGUCUGGAGGACACAGCUAUGAAGGCUUAUCAACUGUUGCUUCUCCUAGAUAUCCAUUUGUGAUCGUCGAUUUGAUGAAUCUAAAUCGGGUUUCUGUAGAUUUGAAGUCCGAAACCGCCUGGGUGGAAGGCGGCGCAACCCUAGGUGAGGUAUACCAUGAAAUUGCCAUGUCAAGUUUGUUCCAUGGAUUCUCAGCUGGAUCAUGCCCAACUGUAGGGAGUGGUGGCCACAUCGCCGGAGGUGGGUUUGGGUUAUUGUCAAGGAAAUAUGGUCUGGCCGCCGAUAACGUGGUGGAUGCACUUCUGGUAGAUGCUAAUGGAACAUUGCUAGACAAGGAAGCCAUGGGAGAAGAUGGGUUUUGGGCUAUUCGCGGCGGUGGUGGAGGUGUUUGGGGAGUAGUCUAUGCUUGGAAAUUAAGAUUGGUUAGUGUUCCACCAACUGUAACAUGUUUUGUUGUCUCUAGACCAGGUUCAAGAGAUCAGGUGGCUAAUCUAGUUCACAAAUGGCAACUAGUUGCACCAUUACUACCAGAUGAGUUCUACUUAUCAUCUUUUGUCGGAGCCGAUUUGCCGGAGACUAAAGGGAAAGGGAUUUCGGUAACUUUCAAAGGGUUCUACCUGGGAACCAAAACAAUUGCCAUAUCUAUUCUAAAAGGAGUCUUCCCGGAACUGCGGAUCGCCAAAGAAGACUGCAAUGAAAUGAAUUGGAUUGAAUCCAUUGUUUACUUCUCUGAUAUGGGUAAUGGUAGCUCAAUCUCAAACUUGAAGGAUCGGUACUUCCAUAAUAAAAACUAUUUCAAGGCGAAAUCUGACUAUGUGAGGGUCCCUAUACCUUUAAGGGUCAUUAGGGUUUUUUUGGAGACACUUGAAAAGGAACCCAAAGGGUAUGUUAUAAUGGACCCUUAUGGGGGAAAGAUGAGUAGGAUUAGCAGUGAUUCUAUUCCUUUUCCUCACAGAGAAGGCAACCUCUUCACUAUUCAAUACUUGGUGGCCUGGGAAGAAGAAGAUAAUGGAAAGAGUCAAGAGUUUAUAAAUUGGAUAAGGGGAUUUUAUGAUUUCAUGUCACCCUAUGUAGCUAAGGGUCCAAGGGCAGCUUAUUAUAACUAUCUGGACCUUGAUCUUGGGGUGAUGGACAGCAGCAUGACUGGUGUUAUGAAAUCCAAUGAUGCAGUUGAGAUGGCCAAGGCUUGGGGUGAGAAGUAUUUCCUCGACAACUAUGAUAGAUUGGUUCGAGCAAAGACAUUUCUUGAUCCAACUAAUGUGUUUAACAACCAACAAGGGAUUCCUCCUAGGUCAUCAACUUUGCCUCAAAGGUAA